AUGAAUAAUAUCACUCGAAAUUCAUUGUAUACUGAUAAAUCAAGCAUAUCAAAAUCUCUAUUAUCCUUACAGCACAUUGACUUUGAUUGCAAUAGUUCAAUAUUAAAUCUAUCUCAAACCAAACGUCUUUUUUCAUUGAUUGAUUCACCGAUAUUAAUUAGUAGUGAAACUUCAUUGCCUACAUUAACUGUUAUUUCAUCGAUAUUUUUAAUACGUUUAAAAACUGAAGCACAACAACAAGGUCUAGAUUUAAACGAUAUAAGAUUGAGCGGUGGUGCAGCAUCAUUUGUACUUGAUCCAACUGGUGAUUUAGCUUUUCGAGAUUUAGAUUUUUUGAUAUCCGUCAAUGAUGUCACAUCGGAAUCGAAUUGGUCAAAAAUAAAGCAAGCAGUUUGUGCUGCAUUACCAUUGUCGAAUCCAGAAAAUCAACAUUUAUGUACAGAAGUUUAUACUGAUAAAAUGAUACGUAUUAUAAAUGAACAUGAUCGUUGGGGUUUAAUAUCACUGAGAAAUUCUGAUGGCCGAAAUUUAGAAUUAAAAUUUGUUGAACAUAUGAAAAGACAAUAUCAAUUUUCUGUUGAUUCAUUUCAAAUUCUACUUGAUCCAUUACUGAAUUUGUUUUAUUUAACAAGAAAAUUUCAUUCGAAUUUAAUUAAUUUCCCACCGAUUAUUGUUCUAUCAAGUUAUGGAAAUCUUUCUGAAGCCUUACAACACCUACAUCAUCGUCUAAUUGAUGUCAGAGCACCAGAAGAAUUGCGUGGAGGUGGUCUUUUAAAAUAUUGCGAUCUAAUUGCAAGAGGCUUUCGUCCAACUAAUCAAACGCAAAUACAACGUUAUAUGUGUUCCAGAUUUUUUAUUGAUUUCAGAGAUUCAUCGACACAAGAACAAGUUCUAUUUAAAUACGUCACUAGUCAUUUCGGAAUAGAUUAUGAUGUACGUUAUCGAUUUUUACGUUGUUUAUAUGAUGUGAUAUCAACGGAUAGUGUUUGGCUAAGCGGUUUCGAACGACUAUGUUUUCUACGAAUUAUAUCAACAAUGAGCUCGUCUAUAAUGCCAUUGAAAUUAUCCAGUAACGUCAAACCACUGUUACCAUCGACUUGUAUUUAUUCACCAACUAAACCAAUAUUAAAUAAUAAACUCACUCCAUUAUGUAAUUCAACAGCGAAAUAUUCUCCUCUAUUAUCGAUAUCGAAUCAAAAACAUCGAGCACCAUCUGUGCCCUCGUCAAAUACUUUAAUUAAAACAUUGUCAUCAGAAAAAUCAACAAAUCUUGUUCUUCUUCCGACAUCAUCCAUGACAUCUUUAUCGCUCGAACAAAUAGAUAUAUUUGUUCAAAUAGUCAAUAGUCUUCGUACUGAACUUUUUCCUAAACUAAAUAAUUUUUUGUCCUCCAUGUAG